ACCCGGCCAUUCCCGACCACCCUCUCCAUGGCUCCACUCUCUCCUUGUUGCACAUAAUCUCUCAAGAACACCGACGCCUCGACACUUUUUUCAAAAUUUUCGUUGGUUGGUAGAUUACACUGACUCGUACACUCGUGCCGAAAGCAUGAUCGGAGUGGUUUGAUGUGACCAGCUGUUUGCUCUGCUCUCUUGAGCCUUCUCUGUUUCUCUGAUUUGAGGCAGAGGAGGUAGAAGAGAGAGUGGGGGCCAUGCCGGACUCGGACAACGACUCCGGCGGGCCGACUGGCGGCGAGCUCUCGUCGCCGCGCGAGCAGGACCGCUUCCUGCCCAUCGCCAACGUGAGUCGGAUCAUGAAGAAGGCGCUCCCGGCCAACGCCAAGAUCAGCAAGGACGCCAAGGAGACGGUGCAGGAGUGCGUGUCGGAGUUCAUCUCCUUCAUCACCGGCGAGGCAUCCGACAAGUGCCAGCGGGAGAAGCGCAAGACCAUCAACGGCGACGACCUGCUCUGGGCAAUGACCACGCUCGGCUUCGAGGACUACGUCGAGCCGCUCAAGCACUACCUCCACAAGUUCCGCGAGAUCGAGGGCGAGAGGGCGGCCGCGUCCACCGGCGGAGGCUCCACUUCCAGCACGCCGCAGCUGGCCGAGUUGCCGAGAAAUAACAAUGCCGGCGGCUACGUCGGGUAUGGCGGCGCCAGCCCUGGCACCGGCCCUGGGAGCGGCAUGAUGAUGAUGAUGGGGCAGCCCAUGUACGGUUCACCGCCGCCGGCACAGCAGCAGCAACAACAGCAUCAGCAGCAGCAGCAGCAGCAACACCAUAUGGCAAUGGGAGGGAGAGGUGGCUUUGGCCAUCACGGAGGCAGCGGCGGCGCCGGGUCACAUGGUAACCAAUAGUUGUUUUCCGGUAAUUAAUUGUUUGUUACUUGAUGAUGUACGCAUGAGAAACUGCUAAUCUGAGGCCUGAGUUUUGCUUCAA